CCCUUGAGGAUUUCCCACAUAAAAUUGUGUGUUGUUUCUUUUUGUUGUUAUUGCUUUCAUAUAUUGUUGUCUCAUAACAUUGUUAACACAUCCACAGAUUUUGAAAUCCGGACAGUUGAUUUGAAGCCCGGUUUGAGUUGACUUUAAGCUGAGGCGUCCUAAAAUUGUGGGAAUAGAUCCCCUAGACUAAUUUGGGCUGUCAUUGAAGAAUUUGAAUAGAUUGAAGCCGUUGGAGUUUGAGUGGAGUUUGGUACUUCAACUAAGGUUCUGGCUAUCAAAAUUCAAGCAAGAUGAGCAGGUGGUGCGCAGGUAGCAGACCAGUGACUCCAGUAUUCUUUAGUCAUACCAGUUGAGGUGAGCCUCCAUUUGAUUAUGGUGUCUUCUUAGCGACUUAGUAUUUUCUAUAUUACCGAGCAGCGUCUCGUAUCUUGUAUCCUAGAUAUUAGUAGCUCCAUGAGUUGUAUUCUUUGGGGUUGUGUGGACAGACUUAUAUUUUACUUUGAUUUCCGCACUUAUAUCUAUAAGCCUGUUUGGAUUGGCUUAUUUUAGGUGCUUUUAAGCCAAAAAAGCUUUUAAGUAUUUUUGUAGUGUUUGGGUAAGAUAAAAAAGUAUUUUAAAGCCAAAAAAACAAAAAUAAACCAUAAGUUAGGAUUCUUAACUUAUAACUUAUGCUUAUAUGCCAUAAGUUAUGAGCCCAUCCAAACAGGCUCUAUAUUGAUACAGUUUGAGACUAUAUUCUCUUUCAAUUUCUAAUUAAUUUUUGCAUGCUUUAGUUUAGAGGGUUCUCCUUAUGGGUAGUAGCUUGUCAGGUACCUAUCGUGGCCUAGAUAUCAGAUUAGGAUCGUAACACUUCAACAAACAUGGUUACAUCCUUAGUUAUGCUUAUGCAUUUAUUGGUUAAAAACAAAACGAUAUAUUUAAUCCUUUGAAAAGGAUAUGUAACUACCCCUGACUUUCUUGUUCUGAGAUAGAGAUUUGAGAAGUGGAAUUCUCAUUUUUGGUGAAAUUGACAUCUGAAAAUUUUGUAUGCCAAUAAAUGCAAGCCAUCAAAUAGGAAAAAUACCAAGUAUGGACACUUGCUAAUAAAUGCCUACUGCAAAAUAUCAUCUCAAACCUGAUGUUUUUUGAAAAUGGGUGGCGAAAACAAUUUCACCCACACCCAUAUUAAGGAUUUUUUUUUUCAAGUUUUAAAAAGGAUUGAGAAAAUCUGGACUGUAGCAUUUACUUGGAAAAAUUAAAAAUAACCGUGUUAUCAGGGCCAACUUGCGUGCACGUCGACCAAUUCCACAGGGUACCUCUAUUUACUGCUAAAACAAGAAUUCAAACAAAGGGAAAGUCUCACCAGCUUUGCUUAGAAAAUAUUCAAAACAAGAACAAGAAAUACUCUUGUUGUAUAACCCCAAAAGAAUGGAACAAUCUUGUCUGAAUACCAAGUGGUUAGUGUCAUACAUCUAUUGCUCAAUUCUUGUUAUGUUAUCUAUGGUAGUCUCAAGCUUUGAUGAACAAGUUUUGGUAGACUUCAAAAGUAGAAUAACUGAUGAUCCAUUUCAAGUCAUGGCUUCUUGGAACAAUUCUCUCCAUUACUGCAACUGGACAGGCAUAACAUGCAACCCCUCCAUUCAAAGAGUCAUGAUUCUUGACUUGAGAUCACUAAAGCUCGUUGGAUCCAUACCGCCUUCUAUUGGGAACCUCUCGUUCCUUACAGCGAUAAAUCUUAGAAACAAUAGCUUCCAUGGUGAAAUUCCACAUGAGUUUGGGAACUUGCUGCAGCUACAACAUCUCAAUCUCACUUGGAAUUCUUUUAUUGGAACCAUUCCUGCUAAUCUGAGUUACUGUACAGAACUUAUAUCACUUGCUCUAGAAUUUAAUAGGCUUGUCGGGAAAAUACCUAAUCAGCUCAGUUCACUUUCAAAGUUGAAUUAUUUAGGCCUUGCAAGCAACAAUCUCACGGGAAGUAUCCCAUCUUGGAUUGGAAAUUAUUCGUCUCUUCGAGGUCUUUCCCUUGCAAUUAACAAUCUUCAAGGACCAAUACCUCAAGAUUUUGGCCGUUUGUCAAAGUUGCGAAUCUUCCAAGUUUAUGGAAAUCAGUUGAAUGGUACAAUUCCUCAAUCUGUUCUCAAUAUCUCCUCUCUUUACUAUUUCUCUGUUACUCAAAACUUGCUGUAUGGAGAACUUCCAUCAGAUAUAGGCCUUACUCUUCCAAAUCUUGAGGUGUUUGCUGGUGCUGUGAACGAGUUCACAGGACCGAUUCCGGUUUCAUUAUCAAAUGCUUCAAAGCUUGGUGUUAUUGAAUUGUCUCAAAAUAAGCUCAGUGGAAAUGUCCCUACAGGUUUAGGGCAAUUGCAAGGGUUGUACAGGAUCAACUUUGAGAUCAAUAGUCUUGGAAGAAACACAAGUGGGGAUUUGAGGUUUCUUGAUUUCCUAGUUAACUGUACAAGUCUGCAAGUUUUAAGCUUUCAGGACAAUUUCUUGGGAGGCGAACUGCCUAAAACAAUCGGUAACCUUUCCACGAGUCUCGAAAUAUUUGGUCUAGGUUAUAAUAUGAUAGUCGGUUCUCUUCCUGCUGGACUAGAAAACCUUGUUAACUUGACCAGUUUAUCACUGAGUAAUAACAACUUCAAAGGCAGUAUUCCUGAGUCUUUAGGUAAGCUUCGACGCCUACAAGGACUGGAGUUGAAUGGAAACAAGUUAUCAGGAAUGAUUCCAUCUUCUAUUGGCAAUUUGACAUCUUUGACAAUUUUACACAUUGAGGACAAUGAACUUGUUGGAAACAUACCUCCGGAGCUUGGACAGUGCACCAGUUUAUCAGUGCUAAACCUUAUAGGAAAUAAUCUUCUUGGUUCCAUACCAAAGGAGCUAGCAGGUCUUUCUUCACUCUCAAUUUCUUUGGCCUUAGCGAACAAUUCUUUGACCGGUUCCUUGCCAGCUGAAAUUGGAAGGUUGAUAAAUCUCAAGGAAAUGGAUAUUUCGCAUAACAAAUUAUCAGGUGAAAUUCCAAGCACCCUAAGCAGUUGUGUCAGCUUAGAGCGCUUCAUAGCGGAUAAUAACCUGUUUCGAGGAAGAAUUCCUGAAUCCUUGAAAAGUUUAAGAGGUUUAGAAGAAAUUGAUUUGUCACACAAUAACAUCUCAGGAGGAAUACCGGAGUUUCUUGGGAAACUUCCGUAUCUCAGGAAGCUUGAUCUUUCAUCCAAUGAACUUGAAGGCAAAGUACCAAAUGAAGGGAUCUUUUCAAAUGCAAGUGCAAUUUCAAUCUCAGGGAAUCAUGAACUAUGUGGAGGUCCUCCAAACUACAAUUUUCCUGCAUGCCCUAGACAAAAAGAUCCAUCAUCAAAGAAACACAUGAGUUCAAGGACAAAAGUAGCAAUUAUUAUUUCAGUUACAUUUUUAUUUUUACUUUUGUGCUCUGUUGCUGCUUGCUACAUAGUAAUAAGGAAGAACUCACGAAAGAGAGAUCUCAGCGCACGGUCCUCAAGAGAAAGGCAGUCUGAACAUUUUGAUGAUGACGAACCAACUUUAGCUAAUGAUCCAUUUUUGGCAGCAAGAAUAACUUACCAAGAUAUAUUUAAGUCAACCGAUAGAUUUUCUGAGGAUAAUCUGGUCGGCACAGGAAGUUUUGGUUCUGUAUACAAAGGACAGUUUAAGGUUUUUGAUAAAAUUAUGGCAGUGAAAGUAUUGAACCUACAACAAAGAGGUGCUUUGAGAAGCUUUUUGGAUGAAUGCAGAGCUUUGAAAAGUAUAAGGCAUCGUAAUCUCCUUAAGAUCGUAGCUGCUUGUUCAAGCAUUGAUUAUCAAGGUAAUGACUUCAAGUGCAUAGUCUUUGAGUUCAUGGCUAACGGAAGCCUAGAUGAUUGGCUCCACUCAAAAGGUGAAGGGCAAUACCUCAAUAUUAUCCAAAGACUAAACAUAGCAAUUGAUGUUGCUUCAGCACUUGAUUAUCUCCACAACCACUGCCAAGUACCAAUUGUUCACUGUGAUUUAAAACCGAGCAACAUACUCCUCGAUGAAGAGAUGACUGCCCAUGUUGGUGACUUUGGACUGGCAAAAUUUCUUUUCAAAUCAGCAUGGGACAAACAGACUUCUAUUGCACUAAAGGGUUCUAUAGGUUAUAUCCCACCAGAAUACGGUUCAGGUGUAAAUGUGUCCACUCUUGGAGAUGUUUAUAGCUAUGGUAUCAUGUUGCUAGAACUGUUCACUGGUAGAAGGCCAACCGAUGAGAUCUUCAAAGAUGGCCUGAAUAUUCAGCAAUACAUCAAAACCGCUUUGCCUAGACGUGUUAUGGAGAUUGUUGAUCCAUCACUGCUUUUAGCAUAUGAAGAACACAGCAAAAACGAGGGCAAUGCAAGUGAUUUGGAAGAAAAGGCAAUACUUCAAGAUGAUGAGUAUAUAUCCCAGCUAAAUGCCAGCACUAUGGUAGAAGGAUGCUUGGUCUCAAUCUUGAAAAUUGGACUUCUAUGUUCUAGCUCAUCUCCAAGGGAUCGGAUUCCAAUAAGAAUAGCUUUGGACAAGAUUCACACAAUCAGGAACUUAUUUCUACAGUCUAAGAGGGAAAUAGUAUAGAUAGAUCAGAUGGUAAGCUUAAAGCAUUAUCUUCAGAAUUUUAUUGAUGGACGCUAGUAUGCGCAGAACAAUUUUGAAAUGAAGAUUAUUUACAAUUAAUACUAAGAAUUAUAUAAGAUUGUAAUUUGUACCUAGAGGAAGAUCCAUCCUUCUAUUAUCCACAUC